AUGAAGAGAUCAGAGUUGGUGUUUAUACCCUCGCCGGGUAUCGGCCACGUUACAUCUACGGUGGAGUUGGCUCGGGUUCUUGUCGACCGGGACGACCGAUUCUUUGUCACAAUCAUCUUGAUGAAGCUACCAUUUGAUGACAAGUUCACAAGCUACUGCCAAUCACUCGCUGAAUCAACUAUUUCUAACAAUAUCAAAUUCUUGGACCUCCCUCUUCUCGAACAAGCUUUGGAUACGAAGGCCAAAGACAUUGUAGCUACGUACAUGGAAACGUACAAACCUUUGGUCAAAGAAGCUCUAGCUCAGCUCAUUGAGUCGUCCACCUUAAGACCUGAUCAGCCGCCUCGACUCAUCGGUCUCCUUGUUGAUAUGUUUUGUGGGACAAUGGUAGAUGUGGGCAAUGAUUUUGGUCUGCGAAGCUAUGUGUUCUUCACUUCUGGUGUAGGUUAUUUGAGUCUCUUGUUUUCUAUGCAAACCAUGAAAGAUGAGCAAAAUGUGGACUCGACUCAGUUCAAAGGUUCGGAUACUGAGUUGAUGAUAUCAAGUUUUGCUAAGCCAAUUCCUGCUAGGGUUUUGCCUUCUAUGUUUCUUAACAAAGAUGUUGUUCCUGGCUUCUUAAAUUUGGCAAGAAUGUAUAGACAAACAAAAGGUAUUGUUGUCAACACAUUUUUGGAGCUGGAAUCCCACGUGAUGAGCUCAUUUUUUGACGGUCUGACCCUUCCGGUAUACCCAGUCGGACCUAUUCUGAAGCUCCAACGUAAUGACGGUGAUAAAGGGUCAGAUAAGGUCCGUGAGAAAGAAGAGAUCAUUGGGUGGCUUGAUGAUCAACCUCCAUCAUCGGUGGUGUUCUUGUGUUUCGGAAGCAUGGGAAGUUUUGACGAGGAUCAAUUGAAAGAAAUUGCAAAAGCGUUAGAGCAUUGUGGCCAUCGAUUUUUGUGGUCUCUACGUCGAGCUCCACCAAAGGGCACCAUUGUAUUCCCUAGUGGGUACAAUAAUCCCAAGGAAAUAUUCACCGACGGAUUCUUGGAUCGGACGGCAAAGAUCGGAAAAAUCAUCGGAUGGGCUCCACAAGUGGACAUCUUGGCACAUCCAGCGGUCGGAGGAUUUGUAUCGCAUUGCGGAUGGAAUUCUAUACUGGAAAGUUUAUGGUUUGGUGUGCCGAUUGCGACUUGGCCAAUAGACGGAGAGCAACAGUUAAAUGCCUUCCAAAUGGUGGUUGAGUUAGGGUUGGGAGUGGAAAUCAAAUUAGAUUAUAGGAAGGAUUUUUUGAGUGAUGAUGAAGUUAAAAUGGUGACUGCUGAGGAAAUAGAAAGAGGUAUAAAAAGCUUGAUGGAAAAUAAUGGCGAAAUAAAGGAAAAGGUGAAGGAGAUGAGUGAAAAGAGCAAGAAAGCCGUGAUGGAAGGUGGAUCUUCACACUCUUCGUUUGAUCGUUUCAUUGCAGAUCUGAUGAGCUAG